UACAGUGUGUUGAUAACAACGGCGCGGGACAGAACCUACUGCGCUUGCGUUGUUAUUGUCGCGUUGUGACUGUGCGUUGUGUUGACGGACUUUUGUGAUCACGUUCAGAUUAGCAAGUCUAUGGCGUGUGUAAGUCGGCCGAAGCCUCCGUCAUUCUGGGGCCAGACCACAUUGCUGCUGGUGAUAGCUCUACACUCUGGUAGUGCCCAAGUAGACCUACCCCCAGACUCUCUAUACUUCGACCCUCGGUAUCAGUUCGACCCGAGCCAGAGUCGAGCACAGGGGAAGUCGUACAGACCGUACAACCCCUACAGUCAGCCAACCCCCGAGACAUACACUCCCGGGAAUAAACCGGUUAAGGAGCUGAGCUUGGAUGAAGCUCUCAACACUUUUUUGAAGACGCAGGACCCCAAGUACUACAACUACUACCAGAAGGGUGACCACAGGGAUGGUUCCUCGGUCCCUGAAUCUGCGCAUUCCCCACAUUCUCCUCAACCUCUACAUCCUGCAGACCCUCAGGUCGCCGCCCUGCUCAAGCAGAUAGACAGUGUCGGGUCUCAGCAGUGCGCCGCCAAUGUGCUUGCCCAGUGGAACUUUGAAACCAACGUCAACGAAGUUACCCAGUUGGAAGCGCUGAGGGCACAACUGGCUUAUGCAGAGUUCCAGGCUAGAGUUCGCACCCUGGUAUCCAAGAUAGAGAAGGAUCGAGUAGGAGACCCCAGGCUCUGGAGACAGCUCAGGCAUCUCUCGGUGAUCGGGCCUGCAGCUCUACCUCCGGACCAGCUGGACAGGUAUAAUCGAGUUAUCAAUGACAUGCUGGAGAUCUACAACAGUGCUACAAUCUGCGCUUAUAACGAACCUCUGCGUUGUGGGCUGCGCUUGGAACCAGAUCUACAGGCUAUCAUGGCGACAUCUCACGACUGGGAUGAGCUGCAGCAUACAUGGGUCGAGUGGAACCGUAGAUCUGGUAUGAAACUGAGAGACCUCUACGAGCAGCUGGUAGACCUCGGCAACUACGCAGCCAGGCUAAAUAGUACGUACUUAAUACUCAAACAACUACAAUACUAG